AAUUAAACGAUCUCUAUUUAACUGUGUAAAUAUUUUGAGAUCAAACAUUUUACAGAUUUAAAAUGCAGAGAGAAAAGGUUUCUGACUGUUUUCAUGUUAAUACAGUGAGUGCUGACAUCUGCUGGGAUCAACUAAAGUUGAAACAAAAUGUAGAAGAAUGUGACUCAUGUCCAGCAACUUCUCCACAUCUAUGGUAUUGUCUUUAUAAAGACUGUCAUUAUAUUGGAUGUGGUGAAAAUGCAGAAGAUCACAGUUUAAAACAUUUUGAGGAGAAGAACCAUAAUUUAACCAUCAAUUUAAUGACAUUAAGAAUAUGGUGUAAUAAAUGUGAAAUUGAAGUUUUUCCUGAUAAUAAUAACCCACCAUUGCUUAUCCAUGGAAACCGUCAUCUAUCACCACACCACACUGGUAAAUCAGAUAUAUCUAAUGAGAGUUCACCACAUAGAAGUGUAUCUACAUAUGAAGAUUCUGACUCAGAUUAUGAAGAUGAGACUAUUAAACCAAGAGGGUUAACUGGUUUACAAAAUUUAGGAAACACUUGUUAUAUGAAUUCAGCUUUACAAGCUUUAUCUAAUUGUCCCCCUUUAACAAGAUUUUUUCUGGAUUGUGCUGGCUAUGUACGACCUGAUAAAGCACCACAUCUUUCUCGAAAUUAUUUACGUCUUAUCGUAGAACUCUGGCAUAAAAAAAGACCAAGUUAUGUUGUACCAACAGGAGUUGUCAAUGGUAUUAAAGUGGUACAUCCAAUGUUUAGAGGCUGUACACAACAGGAUACACAAGAGUUUUUACGAUGCUUUAUGGACCAAUUACACGAAGAGUUAAAACAACCUAUUAUAGAAGAAGAUGAUGAUGAGGAUGAUGAUCAAACUGAAGAAGAAACAUCCACAGAAUAUCCUGUUACUCAAAUAGUUCACGAUCGUAAAUCAUCCAUUGAUUCAGCUAGUAGCCAAUCAGAUGGUGAAUAUGAAACUUGUGACUCAGGACUGAGUAGCGAACGUAAUUCUGGAGAUCAUAAUUUCUCUGAAGAUGAAGGUAGUGAUGGUAAUGACCAAUCGGGAGGAAGGUCAAAUAAUCAAGGUCGCGAUAGAAAUCGUCACAAUGCUAGAUCUAUGUAUGAUAUUAAUGAUACCAUACCCAAUGUUAAAGACAAUAAAGAAACCACUAAUUUAUUAGCCAAGAGUCCCGAGAGACGUCAUCGUCUGAGUAAAAGUGAAUCCGGUGAAUUUACUGAUGCUGUAUCUGAUUUAGGAUCUUCGACAACUAGUUUGAGGUCAAGGGUCAGUUCUUCAGUAAAACAUUCAGCUCCAUCUAGUGAUAAAAAUACACCGUCUGUUAAUAUUCAUCAGAAAUCUACCACUAAUAAAAGUACAUCAAGUAAAAGUGAGUGUUUUAAUUAUAUAUCAUACUAG